GGCCCGGGCUCGGGCCGGGCCGGGGGGAGCCGGGCAAGAUGCCGGGCGGGCGGGUGUGCGCUGCCUGCGGCUGCUCGGAGAUCGAGGUGGACGCGGCGCGGGGGGACGCGGUGUGCACGGGCUGCGGCUCGGUGCUGGAGGACAACAUCAUCGUCUCCGAGGUGCAGUUCGUGGAGAACAGCGGCGGCGGCUCCUCCGCCGUGGGGCAGUUCGUGUCGCUGGACGGUGCAGGCAAAACACCAACUUUAGGAGGAGGAUUCCAUGCCAAUCUGGGAAAGGAGUCACGAGCACAAACUCUACAAAAUGGGAAACGUCAGAUUCAUCACUUGGGAAACCAACUUCAACUCAAUCAACACUGUCUGGAUACUGCCUUUAAUUUUUUCAAGAUGGCCGUGAGCAAGCACCUCACCCGGGGAAGAAAGAUGACCCAUGUCAUUGCUGCAUGUCUCUACCUGGUGUGCAGGACAGAAGGAACUCCUCACAUGUUACUUGACCUCAGUGAUCUUCUUCAGGUGAAUGUCUAUGUGCUGGGAAAAACUUUCCUUCUUUUGGCCAGAGAACUCUGCAUAAACGCUCCAGCUAUAGAUCCAUGUUUAUAUAUCCCUCGUUUUGCACACAUGCUUGAGUUUGGGGAUAAGAACCACGAGGUGUCCAUGACGGCUCUGCGGCUGUUGCAGAGGAUGAAGCGGGACUGGAUGCACACCGGCCGCCGGCCCUCGGGGCUCUGCGGAGCAGCUCUGCUCGUGGCAGCAAGAAUGCAUGAUUUCCGACGUACUGUUAAAGAGGUCAUCAGGGUGGUCAAGGUUUGUGAGUCUACAUUAAGGAAAAGGUUGACAGAGUUUGAAGAUACGCCAACAAGUCAGCUAACCAUAGAUGAAUUUAUGAAGAUUGACUUGGAAGAAGAAUGUGAUCCUCCUUCGUUUACAGCUGGUCAGAAAAAACUGAAGAUACAGCAGCUUGAGAAGGCACUAUCAAAAAAGCUGGAGGAUUUUGAAGGCGAAAUAUCGAGCUAUCAAGAUGAAAUAGAGAUUGAAUUAGAAAACAGUAGACCAAAAGCAAAAGGUGUAUUUGCCAAUUUCACUAAAGAUGAUUCUGUAGAAGAUAAUAGCUCUAGCAUACUUGGAGAGGAGGAUGCAGAAGAUGAGGAACUGGAAGCAGCUGCUAAUCACUUAAACAAGGACUUUUAUAAUGAACUUCAUGAGAAGGAUGGAGCAAAAACAAAUGAAGAUGAGGAAUGCAAAAAUGGAAAUGAAGCUCUUGUAAGACCACCUGCACUGGAAUCCCUGCUUGGCCCACUCCCCACUGCAGCUAGUCUUGGGAUAACAGAGUCCAUAAAAGAAUGCAUAUCCACUAAGGAUCGAGAGCCUGGUGAGAAUACAGGAGAUGGUGAAUUAGAUCUGAGUGGGAUCGACGACAGUGAAAUAGAUCGGUAUAUUCUUAACGAAACAGAGGCUCAGAUAAAAGCAGAACUCUGGAUGAAAGAAAAUGCAGAUUAUUUGAAGGAGCAAAAAGAAAAGGAAGCAAGAAUAGCAAAAGAGAAAGAACUUGGGAUUUAUAAGGAACACAAGCCAAAGAAAUCUGCAAAGAAGCGGGAGCCAAUUCAAGCCAGCACAGCAGGAGAGGCAAUUGAAAAGAUGUUAGAGCAGAAGAAAAUCUCAAGUAAAAUUAAUUAUAAUGUGCUAAGGGACCUGAACAGCAAAGGAAGUAACACACCAAAGAAAGAGGAUGACAGCACUGAUGACAGCACCAACACCAAGAAGCUGUCAAGAAGAAAAUCUAUUGCCAGUAGGAGUAUAGCCAACCCCGUAAACAGUGUGGGAAAAAGAUUAAGACCCUUGAUUUCGACACAGCCCACUAAAAAGGCAGCCACGGAAGAGGUAACCUUUCCAAAUGCACGAGCAGAAGCCCCUGAUGCAGAAAAACCAGCAGCUGUGCUAGUGGAGAGUGGCCCAGUAGCUUAUAACCCUGACGAAGAGGUGGAAGAGGAAGAAAUAGAAGAGGAUGAUGAUCACUGCAUGAGCGCCUUGCAGUUAAUGGGGGGAAAUGAUUAUGGCUGUGAUAUGGAUGAUGAUGAGGGCUAUUAGUUCCAUUGACUUCCAAAGAACAAGGACUGUGUCUCGUUCCCAGAAAAUCUUCAGUCUUCAAACUGUAUGAAUAGUGAAAGCAGCUGUUUGUGAUCAGCAAAUGUAAUCGAACAAUCCUUACUUUUGUAAAGCAAAUUUUAGGUUUUCAUUGAUUCUGGUCAGUUUACAGUGACCCAUAACCCAGCAGUAAAGGUUGGGUUUGUACUUGAAUUUUUUUAAUAUUUUUUUUUUUGGUGGAUCAUUGUUUGAGGAUUAAAUUAAUGGGAGUGAUGUUUCCAGAGAACAAGAGACAAAAUAGACUGUGUUUGUGUGGCUGAAAGCAACACAUUUCUUAUUUAUGUGACUGCUUUUAGGCAUGCUGUUGAGAGGGAGCAGACAGGACAGAUAGAAGGACAGGUGAAAACAAGGAGCAUGUCUGUUGAUUAUUAGAGUACAGUAGCAUUAGAUGUCUCAUCAUGCUACAACUGAAAGAAAGAAAACAUUUCCAACCUGUAUUAUAAACAUGACCCUGUUAAUGUGUACAAGCUUCCUUACCCAAACCCAUCAAAAAUUAAUGACAAAUUCUCUAUUUGCAAGGCAGUAUCUGUUUCUCUGAAAUGAAGUAAAUACUUCUUUAUAUUAAUCAAUUCAUAGAUUUCUUAAAAGGUCUGACAACAGCAGGCAAUGUUGGCAGUGAAGAAUACCACUGCGAGUCUGGUGUGGUUUAUGUGGAAAGAGGGAGAAGACCUGGGUAAAGCAAGAAGUGUAGAGAUCAAGCAGAGGACAAUCCUGUGCUCACGUGCCUUUGCUGGGCUUCCCUAGGGACAGGCAGGUCUGGCUGUGGCUGCUGUUGCUGCAGGAGGGGCACUCUGGCCAUGUCAAUGGAGCUGCUCAUGUCCGACUGAGUUAAGAGUGAAGGGCUGCUCCCGAGAGCUGCCUGGCUCUAAAACCAGUUGAAACAAAGGGAAAGCUGAGCUUUUUAAUAAAUAAGCCAGCAUCUGCUGUGGCUGAAUUUAAUUUAAUGUAAUUUAUUUAAGUUUCAGUGGGUAAAUUAAAGGUCACCGCGCAGCAGUCUGACUUUCAUGGCUCAAAUCCCACCCUUGAAUAGCUGCUGCUGUGUGAAAGAUGGUGGAGCUCCAGCCCUGUGCACCCCAAAAUGUCAACAGGCAGGUACUUCUCAUCCAGAUACAUCAGCUCUCACAGUGCUGUGGGAGCUGGGGUCAGGGAGGGUCCCCCUCUUGCCAUUUCCAGCUUCUUGCCUCUGACCUGCCUUUCCCUGGCACUGCUGUGUCUGAACGGGCUCUCAGCUCCGUGGGAAAUGCACUGCGCCCUAGAUCAUGGUCUUGAUGGCUGCAGCUGCAGGAGCUGAGAUGUUUUCAUCUCUCCCCAUGUCUAGUGACAAUCAUGAAAGCUGUAGCACUGUCAGCUUCUCUUACACCAGGCAAAGAUGGACAUUUAUCUUACCAACAUGGUUUCUGUAAAGCUGUUUCUCCUGGUCAGCUUGUCCUUUGUACCUUUUUUGAGGAGCUCUCAUCACUAAAGCACCAUCCAUCCUCACUCAUCAGAGGGAGGUUUGUGGCAGGAAAAGAAGCUGCCUUGGGAAGCUCUGUAUCUACUGCCAGCCAGAGUGAUGAUGAUACUCAUACCUGUGGUCAUCACCAAAGAGGGGAAGGGCCAUAUGGCCUUCCAUAUCUCCUCUGUCCCUCUCAGUAGCUUCCUAAGAGGGAUCGUGUAAGUAGAGCAAGAGCGAGUGCUUUUCUUAGGAGCAGACUUGAUAUUAUUUGGCUAGUAAAUAGUUUGUUGGGUAGGUUGUAUCUGCUAGGUAUUUUUGAGCCAAGUGUAGGAGUAUUUCUGCAAUGACUUCUUAAAAGUAGAACUUGGUAACAAAAAUAGAGAGGCCAAUGGGAAGAAGAGUUCAGUUACUUAGCUUGCAGCAUUUCAGCAGAAAGAAGAGAUUCCAUAUAAGUCUUUGGGGAAAAGCUGACAUUUUCACAAAAAAAAAAAAGUAUGGAUUAUUUCCUGAUACUUUAUAAAUACUGCACAGAAAAUGAUACUGAGGGGAUAAGCCUUGCUACCUCUCUUUUAUCUACACCAUAAAUUCAAAAUCAUGCUCUAAGCAGACAAUUUUUUAAAAAGUAAUUUGUUGUAUCAAAAUUGAUGCUCGACAAGUCUUUGCAGCAGUUGAGUUUGUGCAUUUGGGGUUUGAAUUAAUCUGCCAAUAGCACUAUUACAAAUACCCAUACUCUCAGUACAUUCUCAAAUCUUGGGUUUCAUUCCAAGGUACACAUUAUUCUCUAUGCAGGAAAUAAACAUGCAUAAAUAAACAUGAGUAUGACUCAUGUAGGUCGAGUGCUUUUCUCAAAUUCAUGUUGUUGGCUCUUAAAGAAACCACUAAGAUGAAUUCUUCAUUGCUGAAGGUCUUUCUUCCAGUCUUCUGUGUAGAUUUUCACUGCUUUGUUCCCCCAAAGGAUACUAAGCCUGCUGCCAGUGUAGUGUUGUUAUGUGCAGAAGCUGAGAGUCCACCCAAAUAACUACUGCUGGUAAAUUUGAAUUUCAGUUGCACAUUGAGUUCCUGAGAACAUUGUUUCCUGCACUGGAAGUAGAGGUUUGCAGUUUUUGAAUGCUCUCACAUGAUUUCAUUAGGAAAGACUAUUGCAUAGUCUGCUAGAAGGCACUUUGAGAGCAGAAAAGAAAAGAGCUACAAUUCCAUAGCAUCUCAGUGUUGCUAGUGAAGUUAACGAUAUGGUUUCUGUACAGGAGUCCUAAUGGAAAGGUCAUGAAUUGGAUAGGCAGACUUCACUCUGAGCAUUGUAAGGCUUCUUAAGCUGUAGUGCUUAUGUACAUUUUUAAUUUAUUGGUGACUUACCAGGAUUUUUAUAAUGUUCAUUCCUUCUUGAUUUAACUAAGCUCAGGAAAUGUAAACAGAUUAGAACAUGCUAGUUUCUGUUUUUAUAGCCAGUCAUUAAAAUGUAAAAAAGAUUAACACUGCAUUAACUCUGUUUACUACUGUUGAUGUAUCUGGACAAUUUUGUUGUAUAUAAGUGAGCCUAAAUUCACUUGGAGUAAUUUGGACCCUGCUUUUCUCAGGAUUCUGAUUAUAAUGAAGAGAGCUUAUAAGGCUUCAACAUUUGUUGUUCUUAGAUCUUAUUUGAACCCACACAAGCUCCGUAUCUUAGGUUCUGUUGCCUAAAGCAUGUCUCUUGCUGCAAGUCACUUUGCUUGACAGGCAAAACCCUCCAGCUGUUGCAUCCAGCUUGUCUGCCAUGCAGCCUUUUUAACAGUCUUGUAUUGUGGGAGUGAAAAAUGAAAGAAAUAAUGAGAAUAAUGGGAUUCUUCACUAUGGUGAGUGCAUUUUUAGUGUCUUAAUCAUCUAUGAUGUUUCUUUAAAAUCACUGCAUUCAGUACAGCAACAUUUAAAUUGUGCCAGACAGCUUUGUCUUGAGGGUUAAACAUGUUCUUCAAAAAAGUACUUGCCAUCCUGUUGGCUUGUUUGUAUUCUUUGGAUUGCAUUGAAAGUCCAGUCACAGAUGUGUACAGUUAGUGUAGAGUUUGCCUGAUAAAUACUCUGUUUCUUAUUUUUGAGUUGUAUCCUUGUGUUUGGUUCAGUUAGUGCUAAGGAAAUUAAACCUGUUUGAUGUAAGCAUAUGUAUCAUCCCUACACAACCACAGUAUGAGCCCUGGUAAGCUUUUUUACUGUAAUAUAUUUGCUGUAAAUAAAAAGUAAAACCCUUGCAUAAUCCA